AUGGGUAGGAAAAUUACAAAUUCCGGCCUACGCAUGUAUUUUGUGUACAAUGUGUCAACUAAUACAUGCACUUGUACAAUUUUGGAUUGUCCACAUCCUGUACGGAGUGGAUGUCAUGCAAGGAAUUUGGAAAAUCAUGUCAAGGCAUUCCUCCAAAAUGAAAAUAAAGAACUUUUAAAAGAAAAGUCAAAAGUAUCAUCCUGUCAUAAUGAAUAUGAACCUUCAUCGAGCAUUGUAAAGGAUAGUAAUUAUUAUUUACAAAAUUUAAAAUACUUAUUAGCUAAUAUACAGCCUUGA